AUGGGCUAUCAACAACAACUACAGUAUUUCCCACCACAGCAGGGGCCUUCUCAACCAUACAGACCACAAUACCAACAGCAGCAAUCCAUUCCGCAACAGAGUGCGCAGCCGAUUCCACCACAGAAAUCCACGCUCGAAGAAACGCUGCAAGCCUUUAUGGAGAUCAGCAAACAAAGUAUGGAGUCACAAGCUUCUACAAUCAAAAGGCUGGAAACAACGGUUGGACAACUUUCCGGUGCCUUGAAUCAAAUCCAACAACAACAGCAGCUCGGGAAGUUGCAUGGCCAACCUGCUCAGCUGCACGAAGCUCUAGCUGUAACUGUUCUCUGCAGUGGUAAGAUGGUGGAUAACAAAGUAGAUGCUCCUGCACAGACCAGAGCAGAGCAGCCGAGCUCUGCCUUUACCAGAGCAGAGCAGCCGAGUUCAUCUUUGACCAGCCCGACAGAUGGAGAGAAGGCAGACCAGCAAAAGGAAGGAGAAAAGGAGAAGAAGGUCAAGCUCCACAAAGCUACUACACCUUAUCGACCACCGGUUCCUUUUCCGAACAGAUUGAGAACGAGAAGCAGGAUCGUCAGUUCGAGGAAUUCUACAACAUGUUGGCCAAGGUAA